AUGGCAUUAGAAGCUAACAACGAAGCUAUUCAAUGCAAAGUCUUUUCAACGACUUUCUCCGGGCCAGCUUUGUUGUGGUUCCGACAGUUAAAGCCCGGAUCCCUCAACAGUUUUAGUGACCUUCGACGGACCUUUUUACAACAAUAUAGUGCGAACCGCGAGGCACCAAGAACAAUGGUUGACCUCUAUCGGAUUGAGCAAGGGGAAAAUGAACAUCCGAAAGCAUAUUUGCAGCGUUUCAUUGACCUCGUGCAUCAAAUCCACGACGUCGAUCCAAUUACCGCAGCCAAUCUCUUCGUCAAAAGCUUGCAGGUGGGGUCUCUUUUACAUGAAAAUCUCACCAUGACACCACCCUAUGGCAUGGCAGAAGUGCAGACCCGAGCCGAGGGCGUCUUCAGGGUCUUGGAAUUUCGAGAACGUGCAUAG